GCUAUAACGGGGAAAUGGCUGCUACAGCGUAUCUGCUGUUCUAUUUGGCUUUGUUUGCCAGAGUUUUAGUGUUCGUCUCUGCAGAUGAAAAAGUACUCAAAGCUGAGCCCAGACAGAACGUCACUCUGCCAUGUCGAGCUCCAGAUAAAAACCCUGCCAUAGCUGUAGAGUGGACCAAAUCUGAUCUCAGGGCAGAGCAUGUCCUUUUGUACCGCGAUGAACAGUUUGAUAUAGAUGACCAGCAUCCAUCUUUUAAGAAUCGGGUGGAUCUGCAAGACAGACAGAUGAAGGAUGGAGACGUGUCUCUGAUUCUGAACAACGUGACAAUUAAUGACACUGGAACAUACAAGUGUCAUGUCUUCAUGAGAGGAUCAAAGACUGACCACAUCAGCAUCAUCCACCUUCAUGUUGUUCCUCCAGGUCAGACAGGAGGAGACAAACAGGAUGGAUCUGUUGGACUGAUCGUUACCCUGGUAGUUAUUGCGGUGAUUCUUGUUGUUGGUGUUGUUGGUUAUGUCAUCUACAGAAAAAGAAAAGAACAACAAAAGCAGGAUUCAUACCAGUCUGCUAAUGAACUGCAGGUUACUUGAAAUGUCUCAGAUUUUUACAGCUGAGCUGACUCUGCUUCUGUUCCAAACUCUGUCUUGUCACUGAGGAUUCAGGAGAAGCACUGCUGUGACAGCAGUGAGCUAAAAGUU